AUGGAAACAAAUAACACGAACAAACAAGUAAACGAUCUAAUUUUUAAUCAACAAGAUGAACUAAUGAACGAUGUAUCGAUUUUCAAUGGUCAAAACGAUGACCAAACAAACAAAAAAGUGAAGAAAAGGCGUGGUAAUCGACAAUUACAACGUUAUCGUCGAAAGCUUCGAAAACAAGCUAUUGCUUCAGAUGCUAUUGCUUCCUCGUCCUCUUCUACCAUAACAAACGUAUCGAUCGAUAGUGAAUCGAAAAACAGUAUGGAAAUUAAGAAUCAAAAUAUGGAGACAACAACUUCAUGUAUUAUCAGCAAGGCACUCGUUCAUGGAUCAACAACAAUAACAAAAAAUAAAAUCAAUCAACAACAGAAGAAAAAUGUAAAAAUGAAACUAAACCUCAAUGAACCUAUAAGUAUAAAGGAAGUUAACACAUUGGUUGAAUUAUUGAAAAGUACAUCAAUAGUUACUGAUGAUUCAAUGAACUAUACAAGUGUACAUGAUGAAAUCUUUUAUCAAAUGUUAUCCACAUCUUUUGGCGAUACAACUAAACUUGAUGAUUAUUUCUUAAAUGAAAUAGAAAAGAUUGAAUUCGUUCGAUAUUAUACAGUUUUUAUGAGUCGAUUAUCUUAUGCUAAAUUACUACAACAACAAUGGGAUUAUUAUUAUCAUAUCGAUAUAACUCAGAAUAUUUGGACAGAUCGAAAAAAUCGUUCAACAGCGUCGUGUACAAAUUUAAAAACAAUUAUAAGAGAUACAUAG